AUGUUAGCCAAGAUCGCCGCCUUGGUGCUUCUGCUCUCGCUAUUGCAGCUUGCGCUUUGCGCCGAGGACUACUACAAGAUUCUUGGCGUCGACAGGUCUGCCAACGACAAGCAACUCAAGACGGCGUACCGCAAACUGUCCAAGAAAUUUCACCCAGACAAGAACCCUGGCGAUGAUACUGUCAAGGAAAAGUUUGUUUCCGUAUCCGAAGCCUACGAAGUCCUGAGCGACCCGGAAACGCGCCAGAUUUACGAUCGACACGGGCACGAGGGCGUCCAGAACAAGCGCAACGGAGGAGGCGGCGGCGGGGACCCAUUCGACCUUUUCAGCCGUUUCUUCGGUGGUCAUGGCCAUUUCGGAUCUUCCCCUAGCGAACCGCGUGGCCACAACGUCGAAGUCAAAGUCGAAAUCUCCCUCCGCGACUUCUAUAACGGCGCGACGAGUGAAUUCCAGUGGAACAAGCAGCACAUCUGCGAGACAUGCGAGGGAACCGGAAGCAGGGACAAGCAGGUCGACCAUUGCUCCACCUGCAACGGCCACGGAGUGCGCAUCGUGAAGAAGCAGCUCGCCCCCGGCAUGUUCCAGCAAAUGCAGAUGCGCUGCGACGCCUGCGGCGGCCGGGGCAAGACGAUCCGAAACGUCUGCCCGACGUGCCACGGCAUGCGCGUCGAGAAGAAGCCCACCACCGUCACGCUCAAGAUCGACCGCGGCGCGAAGCGCGACUCCCGCGUGACCUACGAGAACGAGGCCGACGAGAGCCCCGACUGGGUCGCCGGCGACCUGCUCGUCACGUUGGCGGAGAAGAGCCCCUCGCCCGAGGACAACCCCGACCACGUCGAUGGUGCCUUCUUCCGCCGCAAGGGCGACGACCUGUACUGGACUGAGGUCCUCAGCCUGCGCGAGGCCUGGAUGGGCGGCUGGACGCGGAACCUGACGCACCUCGAUCAGCACGUGGUGCGGCUGGGGCGCGAGCGGGGGCAGGUGGUGCAGAGCGGACACGUCGAGACGGUUGUGGGCGAGGGGAUGCCCAAGUGGCACGAGGACGGCGACUCGGUCUACCACACGCACGACUUUGGCAACCUCUACAUCACGUACGAGGUCGUAUUACCCGACCAGAUGGAGAAGGGCAUGGAGAAGGACUUUUGGGCGCUGUGGGAGAAGUGGCGCAAGAAACAGGGCGUUGACCUGCACAAGGAUAGCGGGCGACCAGGACACGAUGAGUUGUAA